AUGAAAGGAAACGUUAUUGUUGCACCCUUGGACGUGAUAGAGUUGAACGCCGUCCUCCCUCCCCCACCGGAAGUGAUUCGUGACUCCCUCUGUGUUAUCUUUACUGGAUCUGACCAAGUCCCUUCCAAAGAAACGAUCGAGAAGUAUCAUCCAGUCCUCGUUAGAAAAAGUCGGGUCAAGACUUUACUUGAGUUCCUAUUGAAUUGGAAUCCUCAUUAUAAGCAAGUAGAUGGCUUCAAAGGUUACAGCUCCGAAUAUCUCAAUGGUUUAUUUGGCGGAGAGACCGACCAAGGGCUACCGCAGGCUGUGGAGGUUACAUAUCUGAAGGCCAACGUAGAGAUGGAGAAUGCUACAUCAGGGUACACCCAAGAUACUAUUCACGAUUCUGAUGUUGAUACCAGCGACGAGCUUUCAUCUUUGUUGAUGGAGAAUGUCGGGUACACCAUAUCGGAUAAUACCCCCGUGGCGUACGAGGAGAUGAAGCGUCGCACUGUCGAAAGAUGUCUUGCUGGAAAGGCGUUCAUCAACAUUUCGUAA